AAUAUCUCACCGGAAUCAACAGUUUAUCUCGAAACGUGUGACAACAAGCCUUGUGUGAUUAUAAUGUGAAUAUUUAGUUAAUUUCCUACUGUGUACAAGUGCCUACUAUGUGUGAUGCAAGUUCAAUCGAGUUUACAGCAAAAUGCGCACCAGAAACAAAGCAGCUACGUCCAGUAGAGGAACUGGACCAAGCUCUAAAAGAAUGCAAGUUCGGAAGGUUCCACCUGAGGCUUCUCCUCACGUCGCUCGUCAGGAACAUUGCUGGGAACUUGGUCCAUACCAGCACACCCUUCUUACUGACCAGUGCGGAAUGCGACCUGAAAAUGGACUUGGUGGAUAAAGGACUACUUAAUGCUAUGCCUUACGUUGGAAUGGCAAUCUCGGCAGUGGGAGCAGGAUUUCUAACCGACACAUUUGGGAGAAAAAAAUUCAUCCUUUGCGGUUACUUCGGGAUAUUCGUUAUGAUGUCUAUAGCUGGAUGCAGUCAAACAUAUUCCAUGUUGGUCAUCGCAAAAUUUUUUGAAGGAUUUUUAUUCGGAAUAGCUCACACCGCAUCAGUGACUCUCAUGUCAGAGUUCUGUCACCAAGGCAUUCGGGACCAGAUCAUGCUGUGUCAGUUCUCUUUCGUCUCGCUCGCACAGGUGUCAAUCGCCCUUAUGUCGUGGGGGGUGCUUACGCAGGAGUGGCGGUAUACGAUAUUCAAUGGAUACUUAGCGUUCAAUACCUGGAACUUUUACCUAAUAAUAAUGGCGCAAUGGAGCUUCCUCGCCUGGCUUCUUCAGCUAUUUAUACCGGAAAGCCCGAAGUAUUUACUCACACAACACAAAUACGAAGAGGCUCGUGAAAUUUUGAUAACCAUUUACAAAGAAAACACUGGGAAAUCGGCGGAAACGUUUCAGUACGUCAAUUUAUGGAAAAACAUGAAAAGAACAGAAGACGAGCCAAAACAACCAGUCUCAGGAUUUAGUCACCACCUGGUGAUGGGACUUCGAAAUGUCAAGCUGAAAUUUACGAAGCCCUUGGCCCUAAGGCUGACCCAGCUGUGUAUGGCAAAUGUGAUGAUUUUAUCAUUAUACAAUGUCCUCCGACUCUGGUUUCCCCAAAUCUCGACAAUCGUUGAACACUACUCCGACAAAGGGGCAGACCUGUGCGUCAUGCUUGACUCGUAUACUGAGGACCUGAAGACCAGGGCUACCAACACAACUGGGUCUGACGUGUGCAUACCGAUAAAAAGCGGCCCUGAAACCUACAUCAACAGCGUCAUAAUUGGUUUGGUCUGCUUUCUCCCGUACUGCAUCAACGGGGUGCUGGUGAAACGGCUUGGGAAAAAGCCCCUCUCCUUAGGCGGGGGUGUGAUAGCCAUCGGAGGAAUCCUCGCCCUCCGAUGGGCCAGUUCGAAGACGGCUGUGGUGUCACUCUUCUCAAUAAAUGCUGCUGUUCUGCAGUCUAUGACUACCAACAACUUUGUUUUCACGAUGGAAAUCUUCCCGACUUCUAUAAGAGCAUUCGCGACCUCAAUCGUCAUGACGAUGGGUCGCUUUGGCACACUGAUUGGGAACGUGUCGUUCCCUGUGCUCCUCAAUAUGGGGUGCAGUGUACCCUUCUUCACGAUGACGGGACUUAUGGUUUGUGUCGUAAUAAUAUCGUGUUUCUUGCCAGGGAAAAAGAAACAGUGUAUGCAAUAACUAAGGACCAGAGUAGAGAACAAUGCGGUAUUUUAAGAUAUAGUCUGGUCGUUGAUCACGUAGAAUUUUGUCCAUUGACCCCAAGCUACCCAUCCUUAUCGCUCGCGCGUAAUUAUAUUGCUGUCGCGACUGUGCGACGGGCGCCCGCAGUGAGUGUACGAGCGCAACAGCAACAUAAUUACGCGCGAGCGAUAAGGAUGGGUAGCUUGGGGUCAUUGGACAAAAUUCUACGGGCUCAGAGACCGGGCUUUAAUACUACCGGUAACAUCUGGUGUAGUCAUCUACUUGUAAUAGGUGCAUUUUUUAAACAAAAAUGUAUAAGUUUUCAUGAACUGGUGACUGCAUAGUGUAAUUCAGACGCAUUGUAAGUUUUAAUCUCAAAUAUAUUAGUAGGUAUGCCUACGAGGCAGGGAUGUACCUAGUGAAUUGUAAAUAUUUUUAUUACAAAUAAAUUUUGGAUGAUAUUUU